UCCACCAACACUAGCUAGCUAGGCGCAGCAGCUGCGCAUACAGGGUAGACAUAUAGACGAUGCCGCGCGUGUCGUCUACGAGGCGAUCAGCCGCUUCUGGCUCGAUCAAUACGAGUCGAGGCAACCGGUCUCAGGCGCCUGUCGCUUCGUCAUCGCGGCGCCGCAUAGAUGAAGAUGAGGAGGAGGGAGAGGCAGCCGAGGCUGGCAACGAGACGGAGGAGCCACAAAGCAACGCUCAGCAAGGCGAAGAGGACGACGAAGGAGCCAACCCAGCCGAACGGAUACGGACAGCGCUGGAAGCAUGGGAGACCCGGCACCACCCCUUUGCGGGCCGCGAGAGCGCCGUGGUGACGCAGACGCUCCUCCAGGACGCCUCGUCCGUGCAGGACGGCAUCGCCACGGUGCUCGCCAUCCUCUCGGACUGUGCCGAGCGGCGCGCCGAGCUCGACUUUGUCGACGAUGAGGCAGGCAUGCGCCACGACGACAUUCUCCAGUCGCUCGACGAGGACACGCGCGAGCUCCUCGAUCUGCGCAGCCGCUACAACCUCCGCCAGUCGGUCCUGAAGGAGAUGCACAGCAACGUCAUUCAGGGCGAGGAGUAUACACAAGCAUCAAAGGAUCUCGUCGAGCAGAGCAAGGUUCUCCUCGACAUCUACGCUGCCAAGACGCCACGCCAGCGCUAUAGAGCCGAGGAGGACUACGAGUCGUUCCGAACAAAGAUCUGGCAGGCCAUCUCCGUCGACGCGAUGCCGCCCCUCACCGACUUCAUCCCGGCCGUGCCCGGCGACGAAGCGGGUGCCGGUGGUGCUGGCGAUGGCGACGACGACGACGAGUCCGACCUCGAGAUCCGCGGUGCCAUUCGCUCGUUCAAGUGCCCGCUCAGCCUCAGAAUCAUGGAGGAUCCCGUCAGGAGCACCGUGUGCGCACACGCAUACGAGCGCAAGGCCAUCCACGACUUUCUCGCCUCCAACACGGGCGGACGGACGACGCACGUCGUCUGUCCCGCGAGCUCGUGCAGCGCCAAGAUUUCCAUGCGGACGCUCGCCGAGGACCCGGAGCUGCGGCGGCAGGCAAAGGCCUUUGCGCGCCGGCAAGAGGCCCGGACGCAGAAGCGCAAAGAUACCCAGGCCCCACCGGCCAUGCUCGACUAGGCGCUUUCCUUGACACCUGUACCCUCACUCAUUCACCAAUAAUAGGGUCCACUCACCUCCCCCACCGAGAGGUUGUAUUACAACGUGUGACGAAAAGAUGG